CGCACCGACGGACCGGGGUCACGUGCCAGCUGGUUGACGUAACUUAGCAAGUUACCGCGAGGACGCGGCUUCCCUGCAGAAACAGGUGUUCGGGUGCACAGGUGAACCCGGCCGCGCAGCGGGUAACGUUGGGCCUUUUUUUUUUGUUCUUCUUUGUUAAAGUUGUAGUUCUGAGGCGCGACGCGUCCAACAUGGAGCCGACCAGGAGAGCCGCCGCUGCUGCUGCUUCUUCUUCUCUGCUCCUGGCCGCCGGCGCGGCCGCCGCUGUGGGGCUCGUCGCCCUCGGGUAUAAAUACCUGCGGAAGCCGGAGCAGGCCGUCCGCGUGGGAGUCGUGUCCAAGCUGCUCAUUCACCCGCUGAAGUCUGGCAAAGCCGUGUCCGUGGCGCUGGCCGAGUGCCAACCCAAAGGCCUGAAGUUCGGCGACCUGCAGGACCGUCACUGGCUGGUGGUGAGCGAGGACGGUCACAUGGUGACGGCCCGGCAGCAGCCCCGCCUGGUGCUGGUGGCCCUGACCUGCGAGGGAGGUCUGGUGUGUCUGAACGGGCCCGACAUGGAGGAGCUGAGAUUCCCCGUCGAACAGGCCCACAACGGAGUGAUGGACUGCAGAGUGUUUGGAGAAGACAUCCAGGGAAGAGACUGCGGCGACGAGUCGUCCCGCUGGCUCACUCGCUACCUGGGGGGGGGAGAGGAGGAGGAGGAGGAGGAGAAGAAGACGACCUUUCGCCUGGUGCACUUUGAGCCCCACAUGAAGGCCAGGAAGGCGGAGCAGAACAAGCCUUUCCCCCCCGGGACGGAGGAGGUGGCCUACGCUGACCUGGCGCCCGUGAUGCUGCUGUCCGAGUCUUCCGUCCAGGACCUGAGCAGCAAGCUGGAGCAGGACGUCACGGUGGAGCGGUUCCGCCCGAGCAUCGUGGUCAGCGGCUGCGACGCGUUCGCCGAGGAUUCGUGGGAAGAGAUCCAGAUCGGCAGCGUGCGGCUGCGGCGCGUGUUGGCAUGUGGACGGUGCCUUCUCACCACCGUUAACCCAGAAACGGGUGUAAUCACCAGGAAAGAGCCUCUGGAGACACUGAAGGGGUAUCGGGUGUGCAAACCGUCCGAGAGGCACAUCUACAAGACGUCUCCGCUGUUCGGGCAGCUGCACAACGUGAAGAAGACGGGGGUCCUGCAGGUCGGAGACGUGGUGUACAAGAUCAGCCGUUGAUGGAGAGCAGAUGAAAGCGCGCCAACAGAAUUCUAAUCACCCAGUGGGUCCACGCUAGGGAAAUGACACCAAUAGAUGAUGUAGGUGGAGGUCCAACAACGUUCCCACUGGUCAUUAAAUCCUCCAAAAACAUGCUGCUAUUAACAAGAGUGAUUAAACGGUCUUUAUAAUACAAUAUGGAACUCUGCUGGGCAACAAUAAUGGAUAAACUGUUCUCUCAUCUACUGCUUUAACAUCGUCACGUCUUCAUUUUAAUUAGCACUAAAGGACAUUACAUUUUGGCUGACUCAUCGUAGUGUUUUUUUCUACUUGGUACUUAAUUUUCAGGCAAAGUAAGUGAGACUGAAAAGGAUCCUUUUAAUUUGUGCAGUCUAGGAUUAACUAACAUUAAAGAAAAAUGACAUUGUUUUAAAUCUGCAAGAAUAUGCUUGGUAGAAAAAUAGUAACAAUGUCAUCCAAAAUAAUCCCAAAGAUAUUCCAUCAAAACUUGAAUGCUAAAAUCCAGUUUAUAUCAGGUCAUAAAAUCUCAUGAAAUAAAUUGUUAAUGUUGAAUUUUAAAGCCGUUAUUAAAAACAAACCUGUUGUACUACUUCUCCAGCGUGGCUUCACCAAACCGUGCAGGAGGCUCCGGAGGGAAGUUCUUACACAAAAGAACUGGUGCUACCUAUGUCAAAGUUUUAGUCAAUUGCACUAAUUUAAUCUUCGGAAUGUGUUGAUUAAUUCAAUCUCUAAUGUAUAAAUUACAAUACUGACGGUCAAAUAAAUUGUAAGUCUAAUAGGAAGAAAGUGUCUUAAUACAGAAGAUCAAUCGGCAACACAAAUGUGUCAAUGUUUAAAACGCUGCUUCUGUCCUUUUUAAUGACAAAUAUUUGUUUUUCUCUACCACAGCUUAAAAACAUGCAUUUCCAUGAAUAAUGAUUUUUCUGUGAUGUGGAUGAAUGUGAUUCUUGGAGCUUUUUAAUUAAAAUGUGGCUAAUCCCUA